AUGGUCAUUGCAAAUAAUAUUUCGUCAGCUGACGAGCAAGGCUACACUCAGGCCAAAAAGAUUGGAGUGAUUCUUACCAAACGAGAUCUAGAAUUUUUGGAAUGGUUGGUUCACAUGGACCGCUAUUCUCCUGAUCUGGACCAAACCGAACAUAUGAAUCCAGUGAAGAAACCGACGAAACCGACGAAGCCGACGAACGCUGUGCAGCAGCGUGUGGACGAGCUCGAGCUACAAGUAGCUCGACUGACCUCGCAAAAAAAUACCCUGGAAGCGCGCUGCAGUGCAUCGGAGGACAGCUACGCCUCUCUGCUCCGCAGAACCACUGCGGAGCGCGAAAGUCUCCGGGAAAAGGAAGUGGAGGAAGCCAAGCGUCUUGCCGCUGAGAAGCGUGCGGCAAUCAAGGAGGUCGCCGAAGGCGCACCUACCGUGGCAGCGGCAGUGAAUGCCCCGGGAGUAGCGGCUGCCGGGGUGGCGGUGGCCAUGACUGCAACGUCGACUUCAACGUUGCAGCGAGCCGACCUAUUCCUGACACUGGACGGUGAAGUCCAGCGUUAUUCGAAGCAGUUAAUUGAACUGCUGGGUAAGCAGGAGAAGUGUCGAAAGGUCAUCGCGGAGCACGUGAACGCUGCCUUGGCUUUCAACCGUGGUGAAGUGCCACGGACGCUGAAGAAAGAAUUCCGCUGGAUUGCAGCGGAAUAUGUCCCCAUCUAUCCGGACGUUGCCAACCUGGAGCGCGACCAGAAGAUCCGGGGGCUGGUUUGGGAGUUGCGUAAGAGUGUGGUGGAGGCCGGCAACAAGGAUGCCCAGCGGAAGUAUGCGAUGCUACAGGAGGAGGAGCGCAACCUGCUGCGCGGUGUGGCCCAGACGUUCGGAGAGUGGCGUGCGAAGCGUCUGCAGCAGUUGUGUGUGCGCCGCUUCGUGGAGCGCAAGCACAACAAGCGAGCACACCCGUACCUGGCGUUCUUGCCUCCCACGGAUAAAUAAUGUGUGCCUGUUUUUGAGCGGAGAAAUGGCGGCGUCGGCGGCGGCGGCGGCGGUGGCGGCGACGCGGUGGUGGGUCAUUGUCGUUUGUUUGUUACAUUGUUAUUUUGACUGUUGCGUUGGUAUGCAGUAAGUUGUGCAUGUAGUUGUUUUUGUCAUUAGUGGUGUCGCGCAUGUUGGUAAUUGCCAUUAUUGUUUGUUAGU